GGAAGGAUGGACGGAGGAAGAGGAGGAGGAAGAGGAGGAGGAGCCAUGCGCAGGCUCCCGCUGCUGUGCAGGAGGGAGGAGCGAGGGGUGCCGCAGGCGGAUCGGGGGUUUUUAGGGGUGCCGCAGCCGGAUUUUCCCCCUUCACCAGCACCCGCAGGCGGGUGCAUGCAGCGAGGGCUCUGUUUGCCGCGAGAGCGGGGCGAAAGGGUCCCGUAGCCCUGCGUGCAGCAGCCCCCGGCCGCCCAGCCUCGGGCAGGGCAGGCGGCAUGGAGGCGCCCCGUGAGACGGGGCUGGAGCUGCAGCAGGAGCUGGAGCUGUUCCCCGGCCGUAGCGUCGCCCUCCUCCUCUUCAACGGCGUGCAAAACGCGGCCGCACUGCGAAAGAAAGCCAUGGAGGGGGCCGUGGAAGGAGCGCUCCUCAACCCCGCCAUGAUUGUAGAUCCUUUUCAAGUUCUUGUGGCAGCCAACAAAGCAGUUCAUCUACAAACGAUAGGUAAAAUGAAGACCAGAUCUCUCAACGCAGAAAUUAUUUUCAGCCUUUCACCAAACAACAAUAUUUCAGAUGCAUUUAAAAAGUUUGGCAUUUCAGACAGUGACACAGCAGUACUCAUUGUUCUGGUUGUAGACAGAGAAAAACCUGUAAAUCUGGAAGAUAUAGCAUCUCACGUAGAAGGCCAACAGGUUGCUCUAGAUGAACUUUCCCAACUGACAGACACUGCCAAAGUUAAAAAGAUGUACAAAAUUACUCCACAGGAAGAAAAAAUCGGCAGCUUAUUAGAUAGUGUUAUUUGCAGAAUGUCAACAAAAGACGUUUAACAAAAACGUAGAAAUAAAUUUGUUUUUAAGGAAAAAGUGGACUUUUUAAGACGUAAAAACACUUUGCAACUCCCCCUGUAUCUCAAGAGAAUGUGAACUGAGUUGUUUCGUGACAUCUGAGCUUUAACCAUAAAUGAGCAAGCUUGGAUUUUGGGGUAAUCUGGGCUGUAUUCUAAGCACAGAGAUUAGUUUGGCUGUGCUAAGCAGAAUUUACCAUUGCCAUUUCUGUCCAUUUUCCUAAUGAGAAAAAAUGACUUUUGCCAGUACCUUAAGCUGAUCAUAAACAGAAAGUUUGGAAAUUUGUACUUACUUUUUUUUUCAGCAAAUGUUUCGUUAUCCCUCGAUAGGUUUCAGAUAUUUUUUUUUAUCAACCCUACCUUGAUUUGAUUUGACACCUGAAUUUGAUGGACAAUAUCAUUUUAAUGUAUCGUUUUAAUGAUACUACUGCCAGAUUUUUCUGUCUCUAUAGUGUGGAGUAUUGCUGAUGGGCUAGAAAAAAAUGAAAGUUUAUAUAAACUGUCUGCAGUACUCUCUACUAAUGAGAUAGUCAUCGCCCAGCAUUUGGGAAAAGGAAUGGGGGGUGCUUCAUGGCACCCAGUGAUGUAUGCAGAGGUGCAAUGUCAAGCAGAGGUUUCGGUGAUGUGCUGAGCAAUGAUUAAGGUCAGUAUGGGUGGUGCUACCGUGGCGUUAGCACCAGACAAUCUGAUGUCAUCAGAUGCAGUGUAGUGCUGAGGUAUUGGUGUAUUGCUGAGUUACUUUAGUGUUAGGUUUAAAGGGUAACAAGAGGUUCUUUUACUGUGUAACACCGAGUGGCAAUGGUGACAUCUGAAGGCUUGGUUCCAGGUACAGAAUUCAUAGAGAACUUUGCACCAUAGAUUUACUCACUUUACAUUGUGGAUAUAAUUUACAUGGCAUUCCAGAAGAAUUGUUGAACUAAUUUUGCUCUGCAGAACCACUGUUAGGAAAGAGCAUCAAAGGGAGCUAAAGAGAAUGCUGAUUUCCAGCAGUCACCGGGUCCAAGUGCCCUGUGUGAGUAUCAUUUGAUCACAGGCAUCCUGGUUAAGACAAAUUACUGUCCUAAUUAGAUAGCAGUCAGUAGUUUACUGUUAUGCUUUAUUGUUUUUCUGGGACAUGUAUAAAACUGUAUAUCUCUCUGUAUUUUUUUCCUAAAGUUCUGAGUUGUUAGGUUUUUUGUACUGUAGCCCUGUGAUGGAAGCAUUCUUAGGACAUUAUAAUGGAUUCAAAUCCUUCGUGUGGAUUGUUGUAAUUGGAGAUCUUAAAGAAUUGGUUAGAGGUCCCUUGCAGCCAUUUUUUCUAGGAUCUAGCCAAUACUUACCAAAUACCAAGGGAAUGACAAGGUUUAUCAAAAUAAAAUAUUCAAGAGAA